AUGUCUACAGUGUCUAUGUCGCUAGACCCCGAGCUCCUCAGGGAUACUGAAAAGGUCAUUCCGAGCGAUUCGUCACAGGAAUCACAGGAAAAGCGGCAUAUCACCGGCUUUAAGUGGUUCAUACUUCUAUUCAGUACCCUGACGGCAAUCUUUGUUUACUCUCUGGACAAUACAAUUGUUGCCAACAUUGCUCCGACAAUUGUCAACGAGUUCAACGCCGUCGAAGAUUUGCCAUGGCUAUCGGUUGGGUUCAUGAUUGGAGGAACGGCAAUGGUACUUCCGCUUGGAAAGCUGUACACGAUAUUCGAUGCCAAAUGGGUGCUUAUUGUGUCUACUGUUGUGUUCAUGGCAGCCUCUGCGCUGUGUGGAGGAGCGCCAACGAUGGACGCCGAGAUCAUUGGCCGAGUCCUCGCUGGUGCAGGCGGAAAUGGAAUGUAUUUCGGCCUUCUUGCUCUGAUUUCCAUGAAUACCACCAGCCAAGAGCGGCCAAAAUAUCUAAGCUUGACUGGCUUGGUUUGGGGUCUGGGGACUGUGCUGGGUCCUGUUGUCGGCGGUGCCUUUGAGCUGUAUACAUGGCGGUGGGCGUUCUACAUCAACCUUUUGUUUGGUGCUAUCUUACUGCCAACCUAUGUUUUUGUCAUUCCGUCCAACAACCCGCUACCUGGCACAUCGCGAUGGCAGAAACUAACCACCUUUGACUUGGUGGGCACCAUACUCAGCGUUGGGUCAUUCACUACUUUGGUCAUGGCAAUCAAUUUUGGUGGAAUCCUUUACCCAUGGAAUAGCGGAAAGACUAUUGCACUAUUCGUUGUCUCCGGUGUUCUGUGGAUUAUAUUCGGUAUACAACAGGGUUUCAACAUCGCCACCUCAGCCGAGACACGCAUUUUACCCAUCCACCUUUUUGCCCAGAGGGAGCCAGUGCUACUGUUUAUCUCUUGUGCGGCAGUAGGUGCAGUGUCCUACAUCAGUGUCUAUUAUAUCCCUAUCUAUUUUCAGUUCACCCAAGGAGACAACGCGAUCAAAUCCGCCGUCCGUCUGCUCCCGUUUAUCUUCCUGCUGAUCGCUACUAUACCAACUAGCGGGGCUAUGAUGUCCCAUUUUGGCUACUACAAGCCCUGGUAUCUGGGCGGCAGCGUAAUCGCCUUCAUCCCGGCUGUGCUAAUGUCGACCAUCGUCAACAUCGACACCUCAUCAGGCGUGAUAUAUGGUCUCCAAAUUGUGCUAGGACUUGGGGCUGGCGCAUACACGCAGGCAGCUUUCGCGGUCAUCCAAGCUGUUGUAGAACCCGGAGAAGCAUCCAAUGGGCUGACUCUCAUGUUACUGGCCCAGCUAAUCGGCAUAACGAUGGGCUUGUCUAUUAGCGGGGCGGUAUUCGUCAAUAUUGCGUCGAAUGGCCUGUUCGCCCUACUUCCUGGCUACCCCCAAUCUCAGGUCAGGCAGAUUGUCUCUGGGACUAGCAGCAAGCUACUUGCAUCACUCUCUGAGAAUAUGCGUGAGCAGGCGCUUAUUGUGAUUGUGUCUGCAUGGAAAAAUAUUUUCAUCUGUGUGUAUGUGGCCGCUGCUGUGAGCUUGAUAUGCUCUAUUUUCAUGUCGCAUAAUCGUUGUAAUGUUUCAGCCGCUGCAGGGGGUGCGUGA